CCCGACUAGGUAAGAACUGCUUUCCGCUAUGCAGGUCACAAAGCGGAUGAACUUCCCAGCUAGAGAAGUGUCAUCGGCCGCUACCAGAGGCCGAGCGGAGGAGGAAGCAGCAGUUCGCAAGCAGCGGGGUUGGAAGCGCGGCCGCUGGGACGGGCACCGGAGCUGCAAGAGGAAAUCCACCUUCACCGGAGGCGACAUGACCAAGACCUGGUCCUCGCGCUCCACCAAAAGGCUACUUUAGGUUGUCACCCACUGAGAUCGAGCAGAAGCGUCAGGAGGCAAGUGCUUCAAGUGCAAUGAGCGGUUCACCGUCGGUCACCAGUGCGCGAGGCCGGAUGUGAUGAUGCUUGUGAGACGCUGGGAAGAUGAAGCAGAGGAGGAGACGAUAGAGGCCUUGGAAGAGAAGCAGUGAGCUCGAGUCAACCUUCAGGUCAAGGUUUUUGCCAAGGUGGCGGGGAUGAUAGAAACCCACAUUUUCUAUAGUUUGCUUAUUCGGAUUAUCCUUGUCGGUUUGUUAUUCGAGAAUUAUUGGGGUGAUUUGGGGGAUAUUUAAUAAGUCGGGUAGUAGUAGGGAAUUAUCCAUUUUUAUAUAAACUACUUAUACGUGGGAUUAGACGAGGAAGCAAUAUUAAACCUAAAGCUGAGAAUCCCUAUUCCCUUCUUCUCCUCUCUCUCUCUCUCUCUCUCUCUCUCUCUCUCUCUCUCUCUCUCUCUCUCUCUCUCUCUUUCUCUCUCUCUCUCUCUCUCUCUCUCUCUCCCCCGAAAUCCCUUCCCCUUUGUCCAAGUUACUGCCGCAGCACUUACCUUCCCUCUCCUAAUUUUUUCCCCAACUCCCUUCUUCCUUUCUUCAUCCCACGCCAAGGGCCAUUACCACCUUGGUAAUUGCUCUUUUGCCCAAUCAACCUAGUAUCCCAUUGCUCUGUGAUGGGGUCCAUCAAUUCCUUAACAACCGAGUCCACCGGAAGACCCCUCGGUGCCACAUUCACAAGACUCAGGCUCGAAUUUCGCAACCAAACAUCUCCUCAAAUCCUCACCUACGAACCAUUACCUAUAUGCCACCACAGGUCUUUAAACAAGAAUUCAUUGCACUAAGUAGACUCCGCCAAACAAAACAUGGCCAGCUCCCAAGUAUGGCUUCUAAAAUAGUGUUGUUCUUGUAAUAUUUGACCUCAAUGAGCCGUACAAUUAGCAAGUUGGCUGCUGGUGUAAGGACUAGAGUUGUUUUUCAAGGAGAGCAUGGUUGAAACCCUUGAGAUCACGGAAGCCCAAGCCUCCUUAUUCCUUAAGCAGAACCAGUUCCUCAUGUCGCUGCCAAUGUGCCCGUCACUCUGCAUCUUUUUUCCCACCAAAAUUUGUAAUCAAACUAUGAAUAUGAUCAGUGAUUCAUUCCGGAAUCUUGAAGUUCGACAUCGCAUAAGUGAGCUAUGCAAGAGUCACUAACUUAAUGAGUACUUAUCUUGUUGCCACCGACAUGGUUCACUCCUUCCAUCCCUUCAGUUUCUGCCUCACUCUUUCUUUCAUACCACUUAAUACCUCCUUCUUAUAUCUCCCCAUCUCUGUCACCAAUCUUAGAUACCUUUCAUGCUUAUCCACCAUCUUCAUCCCCAAUGUCGCACUAAUAAUGAGCUUGCUAUGGGGCUUGACAAUGGCCGCAAAAGACACUUCCGAUUUAUGGAAAUUCACCAAUUGUCCUAAAUCCUUCUCAUAUGCCUGCAAGACAGAUUAAAGUGCAAGGCUCAUCUACUGCGUAAACCUCGCAAAAAAGAUACUAUCAUCAGAGAAAAAAGGUCGGUAAUCAUCGAGGCACCCCUUGCUACCUGUAUCCCAUGCAACCGAUUCGCAUUAGCGAUCUUGGUUGUAUAGGAUGACAUUUCCUCCACACAAAGCAUGAAGAGAAAUGGAGAUAAGGGCGCUAUCGAAUUCCUCUGCUCGGUAUGAUAUUCUCCGAUUAGUGGUCAUUAAUCAACAAUGAAUAUGAGACUGUGGU